AUGUCCGUUGUGCGCUCAGACACUGUUCCUUCACUUCGCCCACGCUCGAGUACAAACACCUCCCGCAUUGUUAACAUCUGUAUUGUAGCGUUUUGCUACCACCAAAUCCACCAUGCGGCGCUCUUUUUGAAGCGUUUAGAUAAUGGAGUGUCGCACGGCUUGUUCUCGACCUCCAAAGCGAAGAUGAAAUCCACGUAUCAAAAAGUGACAGUGAAGUUGCGGCGCACUGCAGGCUCUCUUUCUGCCCCCGGUGGAGUCAUCGAAGUCGUUGACUCGGCUCCAGUCCUCCCUCCUAUCAUCAUCGGUACUUCCCCUGACCUCGACAACUCAGUGGGUGUCAUGCUAAACCAUCUUGCUGAAAAAGACUCUACUUCCGUGUCAGCAGUACGUUAUACGGAAACUGCGUCCAACAACUCUGGUACCUCGACGCCGAAGUCCCGGUCAGAUGAUACCUCUUACGAGACAGUCCAUACCUCAGACACGGAUCUCACCCCCCAGCUGCCCCAAUACACGAAUGUGCUACCAGGCUGCGUCACUGACUUACCUGUCACUGCAGUCUCGACAGUAUUGGCAGACAACACCCCCCCUGAAUCUACAGAGUCACAGUCUGCAGAAUCUGAGCCCAUCGCAGGUUUUUGGCGGUGGAUGGUGUUGCAACCUAGGGGGGCCAGUGUUGUGUUGCUUGCGUCUUGUCCUCGUACGGUUGAAAUGAAUGAUCUUCGCGUGAGCCUCAGGGGCUGGAUUGACAACUUCGUAUAA